CUAGGAGAAUCAUUUACCUUCAGUUGAUGUUUAAGCGUUGAAGUGAUCAGUACAAAAAAAAUUUAAUCAAGGAAGACAAAGCAGAAGAAUUUGUGACAAUUGUCAAGUUUACUUUUGAUUUUAUUCCAACAUUUUCCUAAGUGCUGUUAAAUGUUUGUUACUGCAAGGAUAAUCAUCAUUAUUUUGCAGUCAUUUGUGACACAACCAGCAGUGAUGAUCAUCAAAUAAUUUUUCAUUUCAACUAAGUUCUUCUGAAAAAGUUUCUUAAAAUUAAAAAGGAGAAAAAUUUUAGUUUAAGAAAUCAUUUGAGACGACAAUCAAAAUUCAAUCGACCUACAAAUAAAAAAAUAAAGAAAAAGAAAUUUUACGAUAGAAGUUAAACGCUCUAAAAAUUCUACGGUCGAGUAACUUUGAGUGUAAUAAUUUCUUGGGGCCAUCAAAGUCAUUUAAAAUAUUAAAUUAAAAUUUAAGUUAAAUAAAUAAUAUGCCGAGCUUCACAAAACGACAAUGGCUAACACUUACAAUUAUGGCUCUAACAGAUUUUUGUAACGCUAUUUGUGUUAGUCUUCAGGCUCCAUUCUUCCCACACGAAGCCGAGAAAAAAGGCGCAAAUGCAACAGAGUAUGGAUUGGUCUUUGGCAUAUUCGAACUUGUGGUAUUUGUCAUCUCACCAGUUUAUGGUCAUUACAUGAAUCGUAUUGGUCCAAAGAACCUUUUCAAUUGCGGUAUUCUGACAACUGGAAUCUCGGCAAUCUUGUUUGGGUUUCUCGAUCGCGUUCCAGGUCACACGCUGUUUAUCACCCUCGCAUUUGUAAUCAGAAUCAUUGAGGCGCUUGGAAACGCAGCUUUUCUCACAUCAAGUUUUGCAAUCAUCGCAAAAGAAUUUCCAGACUCGGUGGGUACAACAUUUGCCAUGCUUGAGACAUUCUUUGGACUUGGAUUAAUUGUUGGACCAAUGGUCGGCGGUGUACUUUAUCAAGUUGAUGGAUAUUAUCUGCCAUUUGUUGUUCUUGGAUCGUCAUUAUUUACAUGUGCGAUUCUUACAUAUCUUGUACUUCCUAGUCAUCCACCAGAUCCCAACGACGGCAAUGGUCGAGGAUCAAUGCUUACAGUAGUGAAGAUCCCUGGCGUUCUUGUUUGCACUUUUGGAAUUGUUGCUACUUCAGCUUCGAUUGGCUUCAUUAGUGCGACACUUGAGCCACAUUUAAGGCAGUUCGACUUGAGCGCUGUCAAACUUGGCGUUAUGUUCGUCAUCAAUGGUGGAGUUUAUGCAUUGAUUUCACCUUUUGUUGGAUUCAUAGUUGAUAGAUGUUCAUCACCAAAGUAUGCGUCAGUUCUUGGAUCGAUUUCAAUCAUCAUUGGAUUUAGUUUAGUUGGACCUGCAACUUACGUUCCAUACAACACAUCCGUCCCUUUGGUUGUAAUUGGUCUCUCAUUUCAUGGUUUGGGAAUUGGUUUGUUAUUAGUUUCGACAUUUUCUGAUGCACUCAGAACAUCGAUUCGAAAUGGUAUGGAAGAUUGUGUGAAGACUUAUGGACUUAUUUCUGGGUUGUGGACAUCGACCUUUGCUUUAGGUGCAUUUGUUGGACCGACAGUUUCGGGGGUUCUUUAUGACGCUAUAGGGUUUAGAAAAUCAGUUUAUUUUAUUAUCAUUUGGCAUGCGAUAAAUGCACUUGUGUUUGGAGUUUACUUGUGUCUAAGCCAUCGACGUCGUUAUCUUUACAAAGAAAUCCUAUCGAAAGAAACUCUCAACAAAAAAAGUUGCGAAGAUAUAUUUAUAAGCACAAAUAAUUUAGAACCAUCAGUAACUCGAAAUGGUGCACUUAAUACAAAUCUUUCGAUUCCAAUUGAAAGAGGCUGUGGAAUGAGUAAUCUCAUAAUGGCUGCAAGUUAUGGAAGUAAAGGAAAUCAUUGGCAACGAUUAGACGAAUCAAACAUUGGCCUCCUUCAGGAAACACAUUGUGAUGACUUGAGCUUAGGUGUUUAUGGAAGUUUUGAAAUUGAAUAUGAAGCACAUCGUGAGACCAUCGCAUAAAUUUAAAUUGAACAACAUAAAACAGAAAGAAAACUUUUCAUUACAUUUCAAUCUAGUUCAACGAGACUCAAUUGUAAAAAAUUCUCUCUCAACUUUUCUUUUAAAUCAACAACUCAUAAGAUUAAUUUUAAUUAAGUUUAACGACACAAUAUUUGGUGAGAAUUGCAUUGAAGACUUUUGCCCCGCAUUGCAUCUUUCGGAUGAUCAAGUAAUUUGCAUUGCGUAUUAAGCUGAUAUCAUUUGACAAAGCUACGUCAGAAAUUUUCUUUGAUUUUAUUGAUUUUUUAUAGUUUAUUAAAUAAAAUUAUUUUAUUUCUACUUUUUAAGAAAAUAACAA